CCAAGUUUAGAUGCGGAAGCCCCUCCAAUGCGACCGCACGCCAAGACUACUUCUUAUGAAGUCCCACCAUCUGCAAAUUCGAAGAAAAUUUCAGCGAAGACUGGCAAAAGCUAAUGAUAACUUCUAUUGAGUUUAAUAAUUCAUAACAAGAAGGGUCUAAAAUAGUGCUCUAGAAAACACAGAGUACCUUCAGUUGUAAAUAGUGCAGCCAUGACAGCGGAGGCGGGUAUAAGCGGGCUUCCAGUGCGUGUGAGACUGAGCUCCACAGAUGAAAAAUGGAGGAAGAAGAAGGAGAAAUGGAUGGUGUUGAUGGGUAUCGUGCUGCAUGCCGUCUAUAUGAUGAGCAUCUUCGAUAUAUACUUCAAGAGCCCCAUUGUACAUGGAAUUGAUCCCGUCACUCCUCGCAUCACUCCUCCUGCUGAACGCGUUGUUCUUUUCAUAGCUGAUGGCUUGCGUGCUGACAAAUUCUUUGAGCUGGAGACUGCUAAAAAAUCAAGGGCUCCUUUUCUGAGAAGUAUAAUCUAUGAAAAAGGGCGUUGGGGGGUUUCACAUGCACGACCUCCCACUGAAUCUAGGCCUGGGCAUGUAGCAAUAAUUGCUGGCUUCUAUGAGGAUCCUAGUGCAGUUACAAAAGGAUGGAAAGCAAAUCCUGUUGAGUUUGAUUCAGUCUUCAAUAGAAGCAGGCACACAUUUGCUUUUGGGAGUCCAGAUAUUUUGCCCAUCUUCUGUGGUGGUUUAAACCACUGCAGCUGGAGUUCUUAUCCACAUGAAUAUGAAGAUUUUGCCACAGAUGCAUCAUUCCUGGAUGAGUGGUCGUUUGAUCACUUUCGUGGCCUAUUAAACAAAUCAAAUGAGGAUCAUGCAUUGAAGCAAUUGUUGCAUCAAGAUAAAUUAGUCAUAUUUUUACAUUUGCUGGGUUGUGAUACAAAUGGCCAUGCACAUCGCCCUUAUUCAUUGAUCUAUUUGAAUAAUGUUAAGGUUGUUGAUAAGGGUAUUGAAGAAACAUACAAUCUUAUUGAGGAGUACUUCAAUGAUAAUCGGACUGCGUACAUUUUUACUGCAGAUCACGGGAUGAGUGACAAAGGAAGUCAUGGAGAUGGUCAUCCUACAAAUACAGAUACACCCCUUGUAGCAUGGGGAGCUGGUAUACAGAAACCAAAGCUUGCGACUUCUGAGAGCAGUACAGAUAUAGGCUUCAGAUUUGUUGAUGAACAUACACAUGAUAUGCCUACACCCCCUGCAUGGGACCUUGAAAGCAUAGAACGAGUGGAUGUUAACCAGGCUGAUAUUGCUCCUCUUAUGACAACUCUUCUAGGCUUAGCUUCUCCACUGAACUCUGUUGGAAGUCUACCUAUGGAAUAUUUAAAUUUAGAUAAGGAAGAACAAGCAGAAGCUGCUUUUGCAAAUGUGAAACAAAUUCUGAAUCAGUUCCUUCGCAAGUCUCAACUAAAACAAUCAAGAUCGUUACAUUUCAGACCAUUUGGACCUUUGUCUAAGCAUCAUAUCUUUGUAAAAGAAAUUGAGAAGCUUAUAUCUUCAAGGCAGUAUGAAGCUGCGUUACACUCUGCACAAGACCUUAUCACACUCUGUCUUGCAGGUCUUCAUUAUUUUCAGACAUAUGAUUGGUUUUCUUUGAUGACAACAAUUACAAUGGGUUACCUGGGCUGGAUGGUUUAUAUUAUUCUUCAUGUCUUGAAGUGUUAUACAUGUUUUCUUGCAACUCCAUAUGAGACAAGACUAAAGGCUGGAGCUAACGAAGUCAGAAAUAAAAGAGUGCGCAUUUUUGGUGGUCUCUUAAUGGUGCUCUUUUCAAUUAUCCUGCUGAUAGAGCGUUCUCCUCCUCUUUAUCACAUUUAUCUUGCAUUGGCAAUAUUUCUUUGGACAGAGAUCUUCAGUGAUAGUAGUUUUAUACAAGCAUUAUGGAGAGCUUUACAAGAUUCUAGAUUGAUUUCAAUUGCAAAGCUUAUGGCAACAUGCAUUGUGUCUUUUCUUAUUCUUGAACUUCUGGUGUCAAGUUUCUUUGAAAGAAGGGUCUAUAGUGGGGUAUUUUUGAUUGCAGGAAUAGUUGGUGCAGUGUUUGUUUCAUGCAACACCCCUGGUUUGUCCAUGGUACCAGCUUUUGUUUGGGCAUCUUGUUGGUUUUUAUCAUGUUUCACUCUCAUGCCUGCAGAAAUUCCUGAUCACACACAACUUGUUGUUGGAAGUGGCAUCAUUCUGGUUUUGGUUGCAAUAUUUGUUCGAUCAUUUGAUUGUAUUCUUCCUAAACAAGAUGCUUGGCACCCCAUUGUUUCUGGGUUGAAACACAAAAGAGAUGUAUCUUGGAAGCUUUUUAUUUUGCAGGUAUUUUUGGUGAUACUAUCAUCUGGGAUGGUCUGGAUAUCUACCACUUAUAGAGCUCAAAGAAGACAACUUUUGCUAUUUCAUCAACUUAUAAACUGGUCGUUGGCUGGUUUCUCGAUGGUCUUGCCCCUUUUUUCAUCUCACAGAUUACUGGAUCGUCUUUCUUCAAUCUUUCUUGGUUUUGGUCCUGCUUUUCUACUCCUCUCCAUAGGAUAUGAAGCUCUCUUCUACAGUGCUCUUGCAACGGUACUUGUUUCUUGGAUAUUGGUUGAAUGUGCAAUCUUAUAUUUACCAUUUUCAGAAACACAAGGUGUAGGCCUGGCUGACCAGAAUACUUUUAAUAAAGAAGAUAGCAGGCAACGGAACAAUAGAUUCCUGAAACUGUCAGAUGUCAGGAUAGCUCUUUGUUUUUUAAUUUUGAUCAACGUUGCAUUUUUUGGAACGGGCAAUGUUGCAAGCAUUGCAAGCUUUGAAAUUUCAUCAGUUUACCGGUUCAUCACCAUUUUCAAUCCAUUUAUUAUGGCAGCACUGUUGCUCUUCAAAUUAUUUAUCCCAUUUAUACUUGUCACGUGUGCAUUCAGUGCAGUCACCAACCUUGUCAAGUUGCCAAGAUUGGGCUGUUAUUUUAUGGUUCUCUUAUUCUCUGAUGUCAUGACUAUUCAUUUCUUUUUCCUAGUACGCAACACGGGAAGUUGGAUGGAAAUAGGUAACAGCAUAAGCCAUUUUGGUAUUAUGAGCGCUCAGGUUGUCUUUAUUCUCCUCCUUUUUGCUAUCACAAAUAUAUAUACAAAAGAUAUUCAAACAGGUCUGUCAUCUCAUAAAGAAGUUUAGCCUUACCUCAUGAUUGUAAAGCAGUUUUAAUGGUUCUUUAAAUGGGAUUCUCAAGAAUUGUCUUAAGCCCCCAACACCAAGCAUUUGCUACUGGAAACUGCGUCGGUUUGAUUUCAGAUGUCCUAUGAAGAAUUUUUUAAUUUUGACCUUUAGUCCAGAGGGAAGAUACAAUUAAAUUCUAGCGAAGGCAAAGUAAUCAUUCAUAAAGUAAGCGGGAAUUUCAUAUUGGUAGAGCGAGGUUCUGUGAAGUGGUCACUAGAAAAAUUUGUUGUCUCCUAAAGUGAAAAUCGGGUUUUCUUUGCUUCUGCAUCUCCUCCUAGCCCAACAACGCAUUUGACAAAGUUCCUUGGGAGCAUAGAGAAUUUAAAAUUUCAGAACUGUUGAUACGACACUCAUCAUGCUGGCUGAAGUGGUAUUGGUAACAGCCCGAGCUUUAUUAACAUUACAAUUCUUCUUGUAAUGCACAUUUCAAUUAAUUGACGGGCUUUCUGUUUUCUA